AGGAAGAUGUCGGAGGAGGCUGCCAGCUCCAAGAGUCCCCAUAGAGACGAGGGUGAAGAAGAUCCCGUUCCGAGAAAUGAGCUUGGGGGAGUAUACGUGGACGAGGAGGAGCUCAAAGCAGCCUUUGACUUCUUUGAUGUGCACAAGAAAGGUGUUCUGACCCCUGCAGAUCUGAAACAGAGAUUGAGUGUAUUCUACAAGAAUCUCCCAGCACGAGAAUACAAGUUUCUCAUCAGUGAGCCCGAUUUCACGUUCAACACGCUGAAGAAGCUUCUGGUCAAUAACGAGCUGAAAGAUUUCGAUCCAGUCAAGGAGGCUUUCAAAGUAUACGACCCGCAUGAGACAGGAUAUGUCGACAUCGAGGUACUUCGCUCCAUCUUCAUCAACUUGGGGUUUGGAGAAGUGACCAACGAAGAUGUUGCUGUUCUGAUAGAAACAGCAGAUGUUGAUGGCGAUGGCAAGAUCAGCUUGGCUGAUUUCCGUAAGAUGGUGACAAACUCAAAGAAAGUCGAGGCAGACUUGGAGUCACUACACAACUCGAUACUCUCGGUCAAGAAGAAGUGAAGUGACAUUUAACAUGUAUCAGUUCCGUCGAGGGUUCUUACAUGCAUUCCCGUCUCAUAAUUCCAUCCUAUAGAAAGAAGCCAUUCUAAUCAAGUUUGAAAUCAUCAUUGCCAUACCAAGGGACAUGGGAGACAUCAUCAGAAGGCAAAGGUAGAGGGUGUUCAAUAAGGUAUCAGCGUGUAAAUCAGGACGGCAAAAGAAUUCGACAGAGUUCAAAUGCGUUCGUUUUAUAUAAACUUAAUCGAC